UUGUGUCCGAUAGUGUCAAAAUUGAUGUCUGUUUGAAUGUGUCAGAAACAUUCUGUGAAUAUCCUAUCCUAAUACGCUGCAAUUACGCAAUGUGCAGUUACUAUUGCGCAUCAACCUCGAUUGGACAAGAAUUUGAUGUCAUUUCUAAAUGUCUGAAUCCUUUUGUAAACGGCUCAAAGAUCCCUAGUAUUAAUAAAAUUUCUUUGAUGUCACUAUGAAUGUGUCAGAAUCGUUGAAUCAUUCAUCUUAUCAAUUUUCAAUCAAAACAACGACUAUGGUAAAAUCGUUAAUUUAUAAUACAUCUUAGAUAUUUUUAUAGUACUGAGACACUGAGACAUCAGACGAUACCGAAGUAUAUAUAGAUUUAAUUUUAAUUUAAGUUAUUUAAAAAUGAACAAUAAAUAUACACAAUACAAUAUGUAACAGUAUAGUGAUUAUAAAUUUGAUGAGUUUGUUUAGAGUUUAGACAGUAUUGAUAUUCAAUAUAUUAUAAAUAUAAGAAUAUAAUAUGGAAAAACCAAAAGUUAGAUUUAGCCAUAAUUUAAAAAGUUUUGCUAAACCAGGAAUACAUGAUCAAUUAAAUAAUGUUCAAGAAAAACCUAAAAUAAAAGUGAAAAGUAUUGUUACUGUUAAUUUACCAAUCAAAGAUCUGAAAAAUGGUAAACAAUUAUUAUUAAAUAAUCUAGAAAACACAGAUGAUAUUCAAGUAAUCGCAGAACAGAAAGUUAAUAGGGAAGGUAAUAACCAUUAUAUGGAAAAUAGAAUGCACUCUAAUGAUAAUCACAAAAUGGAUUACAAACAAGUUAUAUCUAAAUCAGAACAAAAAUCAAAAACACCAAUUGUGGAAACUCCUGUAAAUUAUAUAUAUCUUACUGAUGAUGAGCUUAAUCAAAUGAAUAAAAAUGAUUUGAAAGUCCCAAACCAUAUGGAUAAGAAGAAUAAAAAAGUAACUUUUGCAGGUAAUGCUAAAAAAAGUUCUCCUAAAAUACAAUCCACAAAGUUAUAUGAAGUAGAUACAAAAAAUUCCAAUCAAAAUUAUGUUCUUCCAACUGACAAAAGUAUACCAUGUAUACAGCUUGAUGACAGUGACACUAAUGAAGAUAUAAGCGAAAUUCAAACAGUUAACAAUGGUAAUAUCUGUCAAUAUCAACAUAGAAGUAAAAACAAUAUUAAAUUAGACAAUCUAAAACUUAAUAAGGUUCAAGCUCUUCAGCAGGAAAAUAAAGAAAACAAUCAUAGACAUGAUUUUAACAAAGCAUUUCAUAAAAUUAAAGCAACAGAAAAUUCUAGUAUUUUAAAAGAGUCUACCUUUGCAUCAUCUAAUGAAAACAGGAAUAUAAAUAGAAAAACAUUAGUUGAAUUACAAAAAAAAAGUCAAGUUAUGUCACAUGCAAAAUGCAAAUCAAUCCCUGUGUGUAGUAAUAAAGUAAAUAAACAAGUAGCAUUACAGACAAAAACCAGAUCUUUAUUCAAUAUAGCUGGAAAAGCAAGUAAUAUUGUAGUGCAACCAGAGAUGUCAGAUCUAUUACCUAGUGAACAUUCAAAAUGUCAUUUAAAAAAACCUUCUGAAAAUAGAGAUAUUAAAUCUAAAAAUCUACUAUCACAACCAGAGUAUAAUUCAGUAUUUUCCGUUAUGAGCAAAUUGAAGAAUGUAGAGGAAAAAUUGAUAAAUGAUGUAGAUAGUCUACCAGAAAAUUAUAAAAGUUAUGUACAAAAAAAAAUUUCAGCUGCAUUAGAUUUUCCUCCUGAUGAAUCUGUUUACAAAAAUUUAAUUAUUUUAUCUGAUGAUGAGAAACUUCUCACCACAAUAACACGCACUAAAGAUCCAGAACCAAGAAAACGAGAUAUAAUACCUACUCUUUCCCAAUUUUACAACCCAAAGAGUGCACCACAGCACUUUAUGUUACUCAAUCCAAAAAUCUUUAGUCCUACUAAUUUAUACACUUUGAGUCCUUUUAAAAUAAGUAAUAAGAUAUGUUCAUGGAGAAUCAGCAGAGAUAGUUUUUGAAAUUUAAAAAUUUUAUAAAUUUGGAUUUUCUAUUAUUUUUAAAUAAAAACCUUAUAUUUUUUCAAUUUUCAACAGUUGUAUUUGUAUGUUGUAUUAAUUAACAAAUAUACAUAUACAUAUAAAUUA